GUCACGACCAUUUCGUUGAGCAAAAACCACGUGCGUUUAUUUACGUUGUACCAAAAUAUUGUGAAAGUUAUAGCAAUAAAUAUGAAAGCGAUGAAAACUAUAGAUCCAUUGCAAACUGCGACAACGUUGGCGUUAAUAUCAGCUGUCAAAUCGCGGCCAUCUUUGUAUAUAUUUGAUAAAAAGCAAUCGACACAAGACACGGAUGAGAAGAGAGCUCUAUGGAACGAUGUCGCUACAGAAUUAUAUGGAAAUAACUUUUUGGAAAUGGACAAUGUGGAACAAAUAUCGGCAGUUCAAAAACUGCGUAUUAGAUGGACCAAUCUAAAAACAUGUUUUGUACGAGAACUAAAAAAGCAAAAGGACCCAAAAUUCCUGUACGGUAUCUCGUAUAAACGACGCCCAUAUAUUUAUUUCGACGAACUAUCAUUUCUGAAAACCGAAGUAUCUAAAGACGGAGCUAAUAGUGAAUUAGACAAUGAAACUAAUGAAGAAAAUAAUGAAAAAGAGACAACAGAUAGGAAAGACGAUGAUCUAGAAAUAGUUAGUGUAACUAAACCUUUGCGAGUCAAAGAAAGAGUCUCAGUACCUCCAAAACCAAAGAAAGCCAAAAUAUCAUUCAGUCCAAAAGUUACACAAGUCCUAGAAAGAACAAGAGAAGUACUACAAAGUAAAACAUCAAAGACAGCGCCUCUAGAAGUGGAAGACACACAGAAUCAGAUUAACCCAAAAAGUAAGCAAGCAUCUAAGUCAUAUGAAAAGAGGCAGAAAGUAGGAACAGUUGCAAAAACGAAUGAAAUAGAUUCGACAAAUUUCGCUCUGUCUUUAGUCCCAAUGCUUAAUAUGUUACCUCUAGAUAAAAGGAUAGAUGCACAAGUGUCAAUAUUGACAAUACUAAAAGAGUUUUGUUCUCAAGUAAGUGGUGAAUCAAGUAAAGUAGCUGAUAAGGAUGAAACUAUGAUUUUUGCUAUUGAAAUGAAGAGUGAACCCAAUAGUGAUGAAGAGAUGUUGUAGUUUUUAGCUGAAAUAAAUAUUUUUGAUGAUAU